CCCAUUAUAUUUAAACUAGCAAAAUUAACCAGCUUAGCACUUUGACUGUCACAGUUUGCCUUCCCUGACAUGGGUAACCACCUCCGCAGUUGCUGCGGUAAUAACUCAGUUGGGGAAAAUUUAUGGUUGUUGCCCGGACCAUCCGGGCAAUACCAAGGUGCACAACCUUGGGACCCAUGUAAUAAGUAUGUGUGCACUGUUUCAAGUCUAAUUGCUUCCAUUUUGGAGCUACUGUAUAGCUGGAACCGACACUCGCGGACGGACAUAUCCAUUUUAUUAUUAUAGCUGAAAAUGUUACACAUUCUUGACUACUACUAUAAUAAUAGCCGAUGGAUUGCUACUCAUCCAUGUACCAGGAUUAGUGACGUAUCAGUCAAGUGCGGAUAAUCUACCCCAGUUACCAUGUUCAGCCUCUGAAGUCACAGCCAGUCAGUGUCAACACAGCAAAGAAACACCAAGCUGAAGGUGAACGGAAAUAAAGUCACAUGACUUGUACACAUUGACAACAAUAUAUAUAUGAUGGCAUUGCACGUAGGUUAGGUUAAGUUUUUCCGUGCCUAUUUUUCUUGAUUUUUUUCCUGUAUUCAAGCUGAAUGGCCCCACACUUGAGGUCAUGACUUCACACACGGGACACUGUUGGCAAGAUUAGAGGUGAGUUUAAGUUUACAGGGAAGAUUGGGAGGUAGUGAAUGUGUAAUGUGAUGGUGACUUCUUACUGACAAUAUCUUCCAUCUGAAUUGGAUACACAAAUGUUUUAUAAGGCAGGUUGUGUACAGUACAUGAGGUUUACUACGUGUAUUAGGUUUCAGUCUGAACUUCUCUAUCUUGACGUUCAGCCUAAACAUUUCGGGCUGCACGUUUGGGUUUGAAAGUUUCAGAAGGGAUUAUUUCAACUUGGACAUUCCCUGACAUGAUGUUCAAACUUUGCUCUCACUAACCUAAUAUAGCAAGGCCGCGAUGUGGAGGAAGGUUGUAAUGCCCCAGCGCCAGGGAGACCAAACAGUCGGGCAUCUUUAUUUCUUCAAUUUUGAGGGUGAUCCUAGAGGUAGCCCCAUUUUCGAGAUGGUGGGCGUGUGGGUGUUGAUGUCAGUGUUGUGUGUGGCUGGUCACGCCCACGCCCAGCUGGGGGAGACCGUGGAGGCCAACCAGAGUGACACUCGAGCCAUGGAGGAGACCAGCACCGAGAACAACCAGCUGGUGGCUGACUCUCACGAGAAGGAAGAAAAGGUGGAAGACGAGCUGGAGGAGGCGACGGUGGUGGUGACAAUGAGGACGCCGCGUAGAUGGAAGCCUGUAGAGGAGACCUACCUGGGCUGCAUCCAAGAAAACGACAACUUCACCAGCAGCCUCGUGUUUGUCAACCUCACGCAGGCGAGCAACGGAAGUGUGAGCGCCUCUGAGGCCUGCUACGACCUGUGCCUCAACAAAGUGCCCUUCUCCGUGUACAUCACCCUGGGGCCGCCCCUCCAAGGCAGCGUCGACUCAUGCGGCUGCUUCUACGAACACGACCUCAACCAAGACGACAUGGUUGCGAAGAGUAAAUGUGACGGCCAGACGAUGAACGUGUACAAGGUGUACUGCGGACCCAAUAACCUCAAGUGUUUCAACCGGGCCGGGGGUGUGGGUCGCCCCUCCCUGCCCCUGUUGGCUCUUCUGUUACUCUUGUUGCUGCUGUUGAGACCCUGCUGACGUUCUAGUGACAAGCUGACCAUCCUGACCUACCAUCACCUUCUGUUGUCACUCUCGACUUGUUCCUGGCGACGACUUGGUCACUUGAGUGCUGUUGGUUACCGUGUCACUCCUGCUGAAGCCUAAUCCUUUCUUCCCUACUGAAGCCUUACCCGUGGUGUUAUUGGUGGAGGCGAUGGAGAAAGGGGAAUUGGAAGUGAACGCCCCCCUUUCCCACCCCUGCUUCUCUUAGAUUUAUUGGAAAUAUCACAAGAGAAGCGCCGUUAACUUCAAGUGUCAAAGAGCCUCGUGGAUACUGUAAAACUAACUACUAAUUAGUCCCACGAGCGCUUAUUUUAUCGCCAUUAUUAUAUUACAGUAUAUGUGUGAUUUUCAGUAAUAUUAUGUAUCCCAGGUUUGUGUAUUGUUGCUCAGGUCUCAACCACAUUGUUUUUGUUGUUUAUCAAGCCUAGUCAUGUCAUGUGAUUAAAUUCUUUUAAUCGUUUUAAAGACUGUACUAAGUGUUUGUUGUAUUAGUGUACUGUAUAUGUACCAUUUACUAUGGAUUCAUCGUUGAAUUAAUAUUUAUUUUUUUCGAUGGCAUAAUAUAUACAGGGUACAUUAUCUGUGUUCCUUAUAUAUAAUCUAUUAUAUUUCACGACGCUGUAUGGAUGCGUCUGGUGCUGACAUUCCUGUGACAAUAGUCGUAGCUAUUUACCAAAUGCACAAGUAUAUUUUCUUGAAACUUAUAUCGUAACAAAACACUGUUAUCUUAAAUAUCUUAAGAUUUGUUUUUAAUUAUUUCUACAAGUUGUAUUUUAAUGGGAACUUGUCGCCAAUAUAAUGUAUAUCUCUAUAUUGCCUUAAUGUUAUUUAAGCAACUGAAUCUAAGAUGUUAAAGUUUUCAUAAAUAUCAUCUGUUAGUAGUAAUUUAUAGGUUCGUGCGUUAAUUCACCUACACAGUUCAGACACCUACACUAGAUCGCUAGACCUCAAAACUAUCUGAACGUCUUCUACAUCCAGGACAAAUUGUUUUAUUUACUAUGAGACUUGGACUUAGCGUGUGAGGGUGUUUACGUUACGUUGUCUCACUCACUACACUUACUCAGGUACUGUUAUUAACGGGUAAGGUUGUACUACUAUUCCCUUAUCUUAAAUAUUAUAAUGUAGAUUGCAGAUGAAUCAGUUUAAAACGUGGAUUUAUUUAGUAUAUUAUAGUACCUAACGUGUGUUGCAUGGAAAUUGUGAUUUAUUUCCAAAUUUGCCGUUCCAAUACUUCUGAGAAUAUAUAAAUGUCAUUGUAUUUACUAAUAGUGUAAUAUACUAUUCUAUUAUUAUAUGUUAACUGAGAGCCUGCAAAUUUUACGUCAGUUGUAGGUUUAAGAAUAAUAUUUAUGGAGUUUUCCCCAUUAAGCGCAAACCUCUGAAACAAAUCUAAAUGUACGAGGCUUCGGUUCUUGUUUGUUUACAGUGCAUCUAAAAAGUUUGAGUUACGAUUUGGCGGUGCUACUCAGCCUUGGUCAUUAAACCCAAGUAUUUAACAAAGCCAUGAUGUAUUUGUUUAUAACCCUUGGUGAAGUAGAAGUUAAACGUUUAGCCCCGAAUUUUGGUAGGUUUCAAUUACAAAAAGUUAGCUUAGAGUUGGUUAGAUGAACACUGUUGGUGAGUUCAGUGUCGUUAGCUUCAUGGAGACAGCUAAUACAAACACAUUUUAUGGUUUAUAUUUGCCUUAUUUUAUGAUGCAGAAAAGACUUCUUGCGCCUGAAACUCUUGAAGAAAAACAAAAUAUCUUACUAAUCGGAAAAUUUCCACUACGUACCUACUAUAAAACGAAAUCAAAUUUAUACAAGGAAUAUAAUGUGGGAAGCGACGAUUUCAGUCCCGGUGUUUAAAUUAGAGGACGAUUAUAAAUUUACUAUAAAAAAAUGAAACGAGAAAGAACAUCUACAGUAUGUAAACAAGACUCCCUCAGGUUUAAACCAUGAAUGACGGACGACAAGCAAAACGAACCAUCCAAAUCCCUAUCUAACCUCACCUAUCGAUAUUAUAUUUCACAUAAACUAGACAGAUUAGUAUAGGUUUGAUUAGUUCGUGUAAUAAUUAACACCGUAUAUUAAGUGACCAGCAACUCAUUUGCAGUAAAUAAUUGUUAAAUGCGUAAAUUUUGCCGCUAAAGUGUUCUUCAUUCUUACUAAACAAUAUUGAAAUGAAUAAUAAAUUUGCCCCCUCCAAUAAUAAAUAUUUGCUGAUCUAUUUGUGUUAGUAUAGUUGUUAAUAAUGUAACUAAUAGUCUUUGUGUACCAGGCGGUAGAGGUUGCUGACUCAGGGUACAGGUAAGAUCACACGCUGAGCUUAAGCUGUGGCUUUGAAUGAAACGCUUGUGUUGUUUUAAAGAGAACAGACUAAGUAAUGAUUGGAAUAUAUAAUGAAAAGGUCAUUCACCCCAUUCAUACGUAGUAAGUGUUGUUUCAGAGUGAAUAUACUAUUGUGCUUAUAGUUUUGUGCCAAGUAACACAUUGUCUUCAUAAUUGCAUUUGUGUAUGAAACAGUUGUCAUGUUAUUUGCAAGGAACGUUUAAUGUUAAUUCAAAGUGUAUUUCGAUUAUAUUAAUAAAAUAUAUAGUGUAAGAUGA